CCCUGUGCAAUACCGUACUUUGCCCUAGAAUAUCACUCUCCCACCCAGCCAGGAGAUUUAUUGUUUUGUUGCAGGGAGUUUGCACUUGACACACUUACCCAGUCUAGCUCUCCCUCGCCACUGCUCCACUUAACCAGGAGUGAAGCCAAGGAACAGCAGCAUUAUCUGAUAAAAUAUUCCAAGUUUAUUUCUACAUACCUUUGUUUUAAAAAAUUACCUCGAAAAUAAGGCUUGUUUGUUGAGUCGCUGGUUAAAAUGAUCCCGUUUGGAAUGGGGGAAAGAACUUUUUUCUGGGUUCCAAAUCCCAGGUUCCACCUACCAGCUUCGGUUCCCCCCGAGGAAACCGAUGAUAGUGACACCUACGUCGCAGGCAGGACACGAGGUGCCGUGACCGUGCCUAGCUCACACAGUCGGUCCCCACUUAAUCUCACCACCCACCGAGGGGGUGGGGAGGGCGCUACAUUUAAUCACCGGUCACCCCUCUGUCCCAGCUAUGCACUCUGGAGGCCCAGCUCCAUUCUUCCCGCACAGGUGCCCGGCCAACCCACGCUACUCUGAGCUGGGGACCAGCAGCAACUCGCCAACCGGCACGGCCUUUUUUCCGACGCAACAAAUAAACACGAGGCUUGUAGGCUGCUGCCCUCCGAUUGGCUGCAGCCCUGGCCCAGCCCACCGCUCCCGGCGCCCGCGUCCGGCGGGCUGGAGGAGGCUUCCGGUCCAGGAAGGCUGGGUGGCUGCGGAGGCGCUCCGAGGGCGGUGCCGCUGGAGUACCGGCGGGGGCGUGGCGGCACGAAGGGCCGCCCGGCUGGCACACGAGGUCUCCCAGUGGCCGCGGCUUCCCGGGAGCUGGGCUCGGUGGACAUCGUGAGGAGGAGCCGAGCGGCAGGCAGGAGCCACCCUGGGCCGACGAGGUCAGGCUUGUGGCUGAAGGAUCUCCUCAUCUUCCACAGGCCCUGGAAGUUCAAACCCCGCCUUCAUCCCGCGUGGGGUCUACUCCCAGCCUCUCAUCUCCUGGAAGCCAUGGAAACCUCCAUGCCUUUGCCUCCAGUACCUCCCUCCCCAAUCUGCAACCCAGCCCCACGGACAAUCCAGAUUGAGUUCCCUCAACAUAGCUCAUUGCUGCUGGAAGCUCUGAACCGCCACAGGCUAGAGGGAAAGUUCUGUGAUGUAUCCCUCCUAGUGCAAGGCCGGGAGCUCAGGGCUCACAAAGCAGUGUUGGCUGCUGCCUCUCCUUACUUCCAUGACAAACUUCUUCUGGGGGAUGCGCCUCGUCUCACUCUGCCCAGCGUCAUUGAAGCCGAUGCCUUCGAGGGGCUGCUCCAGCUCAUUUAUUCAGGGCGCCUCCGCCUUCCUCUGGAUGCUCUCCCUGCCCACCUCCUUGUAGCCAGUGGCCUCCAAAUGUGGCAAGUGGUAGAUCAGUGCUCAGAGAUUCUUAGGGAACUGGAAACCUCAGGUGGUGGAAUUUCAACCCGUGGAACAAACCCUUACCACACACUUCUUUCCACCACAUCCUCUCCAGGAGGAUGGUGCAUUCGCUCUUCCCCUUUCCAGACCCCAGUGCAGUCUUCCGCCUCUACUGAGAGCCCUGUUGUAGGAGAGGGGAGUGAACUGGGAGAUGUGUUACAGAUUCAAGUUGAAGAAGAAGAGGAAGAGGAAGAAGAAGAAGAUGAGGAGGAGGAGGAGGACCAGGGGUCAGCAGCACCCUCUCAUACUCCUCAACCUCAGAGAGUAUCAGGCGUUUUUCCCCGCUCUCAUGGAUCACACCCACCUCCCAUAUCCACUACUCCCCGCAGGCUUCCAGAGGGUGAGAGUACGCCACUUGAGCCUCCUGUCCCUCAUACUCCUCUCCCCUCUAAAAUCUUCUACAUCAAGCAGGAACCCUUUGAGCCUAAAGAGGAGACAUCAGUAGGUGGAGCUCAGUCUGGAGGAGCAAAGGAGGAGACCAAAAUGUUUCCUGGAGAGGAUACUGAAGGGAAUGGAGAGUUAGGGUUCUUGCUGCCCUCAGGAGCAGGGAUAACAUCUGGAGGAGGUGGUCCAUCCUGGAAGCCCGUGGAUCUUCAUGGAAAUGAAAUCCUGUCAGGGGGUGGGGGACCUGGGGGAGCAGGGCAGGCUGUGCAUGGGCCUGUGAAGCUAGGUGGGGCACCCCCUGCAGAUGGAAAACGCUUUGGUUGCUUGUGUGGGAAGCGGUUUGCAGUGAAACCAAAGCGUGACCGGCACAUAAUGCUGACCUUCAGCCUUCGGCCCUUUGGCUGUGGCAUCUGCAACAAGCGCUUCAAGCUGAAGCACCAUCUGACAGAACAUAUGAAGACCCAUGCUGGAGCCCUGCAUGCCUGUCCCCACUGUGGCCGUCGGUUCCGAGUCCAUGCCUGUUUCCUUCGCCACCGGGAUCUAUGCAAAGGCCAGGGCUGGGCCACUGCUCACUGGACUUACAAGUGACUGCUGAGGCUGUACACUAACUUCAAGGACAAGAGCCACUACUGCUGAUGGAUACUUACCCCUCCCUACCAUGGCACCCCAAUGCUGGGUCAUGUAAUCAUGCCAAGAGGAUAUGUUAUGGACUACUUGUUCCUGGGUGUGGACCUCAACCCAGAUUUGGAAACUCGAGAUUUCUUAUCUCACCCCAGGUUUUUGCCAACUACCCUACAGAAAAGUGAUUUAUAGGCCAUACGUAAAUUGAUCACUUAGCCAUAAGAGACAUUUUCAUAUGGGAAACCAGAGUUCAAGUUAGAAGUUUAUUUGAUGAGAAAAGAGAGCAAAAAGACAUAAAGAUAAGUGUUCCAUUUGUCUCCAUGAGGAGUUAAAGGAGCUGGUCUCCAUUUAGGGAUAUGUUUGAUUUAGAGUUCUAGUAAUUCAGAUACUAAACUCUGAGCUCUCCUCUCCCAUCAUUGCUGAAAUUAUAUGAGAAGAGUUCUUUUUAUGUACUUCUGUUAUAUCUUUCCAGAAGCCUCUCAGAUCAUAACUUGCUUUCUCACCAGGAGAUAGGUUCCCACACCUUUAUUUUUUAUGCUAUAGUUGAGCACUUUAAUAAACUGAGCAUUCCAUUUAUCAUCCCUAGAACCCUCUUUAACAGAGGGUAUUCCUUCAACAACCUGUGCCUCUUUAUCUGCUUUUGACCACCACUGAUCACUUAUAUAUUGAUCACAGUGACUGCAAUGUGACGAGUAAACUCAGGAGAUGGCCACUGACUGAAAAUGUUCUCAGGGUAGCACCACUGCUCUGAACAAGUGACUAUGGUCAAGAGGAUCUCAGGGCUGAGCCAGCAUAUGCUGAAGGCUAGAGGGUAACUUCACAGUGGGACCAUAUCCCCACUCUCCAUCCCAUCCACACAUGACAGCCUCUUGGUUGAGAGGUAGAUGGGUAGACAGAUUUUGGAAUGAGGAGAUUGUCACAGGUGAUUUAAUUUCUUCAAAUAAACCUUGCCUUGAUAUCUAAGCUAACAA